CUGUCUUCUGUCAUCACUGACGCGUCCACGGACACGCUAUCAUCGGUCGCUCUGUCUCACUGUGACAGAGGCGAUUUUUAUUGUCUACAGGCGGGUUUCGUUUGUCUCCCAGACGCUGUUUGAGCACAGUGUCCCUGCUCUGCCUGUUCCCGCUCAUUCACUACAAGAGGACAACACCACCUGCUACUAGAUCUUCAUAUUAAGAGGACAGAAGAAUCAUCUUCCAGUGAUUCAACUGAGCAACGAAGUGUGUGACUGGCUGACAACGGCAUGAUGGGACCCAUUAGAUCUGCAUGGCUGAAGACCUCCUCCACAGCGCAUGACAUAUCACAGCUGUAUUGUUUGUGGCAUCCUUUGUGCAUUUAGUGGUAUCAUCCUGCUGUUAAACAAGAACUGUAUAGCAGCACAAAUGGGAAUUAUGAGGUCUGAUCAUCGGCUAAAGUGGAUAUAGUUUGAUACAAUUCCUUCAUAUUUAACUGUCCACUUGUCUAUCUGAGGCUGUCCUUCCAUUAUAUGGAGAACUUGCAUAGUCAUCUGACGACUGGGGAGCAGCCCGGAGGUCAAGAACAUUGUCAAACAGAGUCUCCUCCCAAAGGCCUGCGUUCUAAGUCUCCCUCCCAGUCCCGUCGGCAACAGCGAACUAGCUCCCCAAAGCCACAUGGCACGCUACAGCAACACAAACAAUCUAAACGGCAGCAUCCUGAACGGAAGUGUGUCAGCCAUCAGCGGCAGAGCAACGACUUGGAUACAGUGCCAGAGCAGAAGCAUGAAGCAUCAACAGAACCUAAGGCUACUUUGUCACCAGGUCUCCCACCGUCCUCAGCAGGUGAUCCGACCCAGUCUAAAUCACAAAGCCAAGAGAGCACCCCAAAACAGAAACGGGAGCGUAAGCCUCAGAGACCGGGAAAAUAUGUCUGCACUUACUGUGGCCGUGCAUGUGCAAAACCUAGUGUCCUUCAGAAACACAUUCGCUCCCACACAGGAGAAAGACCCUAUCCCUGUGCCCCAUGUGGCUUCUCCUUUAAGACCAAGAGUAACCUGUACAAACACCGUAAAUCACAUACACACAGGGUGAAGGCAGGCCUGGCACUUGGGGAGCCAAGAACUUUAGAGGAGCAAGUCACUGAGUCAGAAGAUGAAAGCAGACAGCUAUCAUCCACCUCCACUCUUACAGAAAGACAGAGCAGUGUCGCCUCGCUAAAGUGUCAUGAAACAGGAAGGGCCAAAGAUGGCUCAACAGGAGAUGAUGACUCCUAUGCAGUGAAAAAGAGAUUGGCCCUGCGAUUAAGCAGAGGAAAACAGGGUCUUCAGGAUUCAUCUGAUGAAAAGACCUCAUCUCUCACUUUAGGCAGUAAAGGCAGUACAGAAUCUGGUUACUUCUCUCGCUCUGAGAGUACUGAGCAGUCCCAGGACAGUCCCCCAAACACAAGUGCCAAAAGCUAUGCAGAGAUCAUCCUUGGCAAAUAUGGACGCCUUGGACAACUACAGAGGAUAUCUCGUCAUAACCAGCAGCCCUCUGGUGAGAAGGACAAAAGUGUCCCAUUCACAGUGCCCAAAAAGCAGGUCAUUGACCAUAUCACCAAACUCAUUACCAUCAAUGAGGCAGUAGUGGACACGAGCAAAAUUGACAGUGUAAAACCAAGGAGAUUCUCACUCUCCAGAAAGAAUAGUUCAGAGACUCAAAAGGCUUCAUCUGUGAAAGAAUCACUUAUUCAUAGUCCUGAAGCAGGAGACCUGGGCUACAAAAACAGUGGCUCCAUCACAAUGGGAGUUCCGUGUGAAAAAUUUCAUCAUCAGUCUUUAAAUGUGAAGCAGCCAGCUGGCCAAACAUCCACUGCUCCUCUGGUGAGGAGUCACUCUAUGCCAACUGCAGCUAGUUCAUUUGAUGCCUCCAGUGGUGGCCCCAGUAAAUUCCGCCAAAGUCAAUCUUUUGAUGAACGGCAGCCUUCCCGCCGUUACGGGAUGCUGAGGCGACAGCCUGCUAUUGAAAUCCCACUUGGUGCUGAAUUUACAAAAGAGGAACAUGAGGUUACUCAUUCAUUUUACCCUGACAGUGUAACCAAUGUGCCUGACCACAAGCCAAAUGAACCCCAGCCAUACGAGUGUGACUCAUGUGGCACUGCAUGCAAAGAUUGGGAAGGUUUUAAGAAACACAAGAAAAGCCUGUGCUUAGCACAUUGCCCCAGAAAUGAGAUGGUUAUUAGUCAAAUGGAGUUUUCACAGUUACUCAACCAUGCAGGCAGAGCAGGAGCACCAGUUUUGCGCAAGAGGAGGAAAGAGGAAAGUUUUGAGUUAGAUGACCCCUCCUCUCCUUCAUUACUCUCCACUGCCCUCUUGUCUGGACAGUGCAAAGGUGACAGCAGUGUGGCUCAUGAGGACCAUAGAAGAUCUACUCUGCAAACCUUUUCAGUAAUUCAACAUACUAGUUCAUUUGAAAAGCAAGAAUCUUUGUGCAAUGAGAGUCAAGGCACAGAGGCAACAAAAAACACUGCACAACAUGAAGACUAUCAACUGGUGCCACAGAAACAAUCCCAGCAAUCCCAGCAGACAAAACUAGCAACCCGAAAGCUGGUCCGCCAACACAGUGUACAAGUCCCAGAAAUAUUGGUAACAGAGGAUUCCAACAUGAGCACAGAGAAGUCAGUGGAGCCAGCCCCCAUGUUAAAACACCCAGACAAGCCUGAUGAAUUUCAGUGGCCACAGAGAAGCUCUUCUUUGGCCCAACUCCCGAUUGAAAAACUCCCUCCCAAAAAGAAACGCUUGCGUCUAGCUGAGGUUGCACAGUCCUCAGGAGAAUCCAGUUAUGACUCAGUAUCUCUUCCCCGUAGCCCUAGUCAGGACAGUAGUGCAUCCUAUGCAUCCAGUCGUUCCACGUCGUUUGAGGAAUCAAAUAGAACAGACAUGGAGCCCACAACAUCAUCACCAAUGCGGAGAUCGAGAGCCCCUCACAUGCUCAUGGUACCUGGUGUGCAUCAGCACAGAGAGAUGAGGCGCUCAGCAUCUGAACAGGCACCUCAUGACCCUCAACCAAGUGUCCUAAUGGCUGAGACUCGCAGUAAGUCUUUUGACUAUAGUUGCCUGUCCCCUGAGCGCACUGCAGUGGGCUGGAGGGAAAGAAGAAAGUGUCUCCUCAUGAGACACACUGCUAUAAAAGAUCCAGAUGAAGAGGAGGAGGACCGCUGUGCCUCAUCAAACCAUAGCCCUGAGCAUGUCACAACUAGCACAUCCUCUAAAACAAGCUCAACCUUUGUGUGCAACAGCAGGCCGUCUGGCUCUCCUUUGUCAGGUGACACUCUCUUGUGUUAUCCAGCUAAUUUACAAGGCAAGGAAAUUCUAUCUCAGUGGAAUCUCAGUCAUAAUAUUCAAUUAAAAGACAACACAGAACUCCCACUUAAUCAUGGUCCAUCUGUAGAUACUCUAAGAGAAGAGGCCUCACACAUCCAUUCAGGGGACCAUGGACCAUCAGGGGCAGCCAGAGCUCACUACCUCCCCAUUUCUACAGGGCUGAAGUUAGAGAUUCCUCUGCGACAUGAUGACUGUUCAGACACUCAAGUAAGUCACUCUCUUAGCCAACAUUCUGUCCCUCAUAUCACUUCCAGUCUGGAAUUGCUGAGGCCAAUCACAUCUCCUUCAGUAGCAGUGCGUCUGCAAACUGACACCCUUUCGCCAGCGUGUGCCAUAUACACCACACUGUCUCAGUCCACGUCCCCUAGACCUCAGGAGGCAGUUGAUGCACUUUCACUCAAUGUAGGCAUUCCAAUGGCUGGGUAUAGAAACCCAAAGGACAUAAUUAAUGACUUUCAGUUGUGGUCUGAUGAGGAUCUGAGGUCAUCAGGGGGGAACAAGCGCAUGCUUUCCCCUUCAAACAGUAUAGAAAUCCCCCCUGAGUCACAACAGCAGCAGAAACGAGUGAAAGAAAGAGCGGAAGAGUGGAAUAAGGCAGCAGUGGGCCCAUGUGGACAGCAACUCAAACGGGAGAAUCGGUCAUGUCCACCAGGCAUUUGUUCUCCCAUCACACACAUUGGACCUUCGUUCCCCAGUCUGCUGUCCGGCACCUGUAAUAGCUGGUGCUAUUUGAACUACAUCAAACCAAACCCUUCUACUCUGGAUGCGCAGAAGCCCUCAGUCUAUUCCUCCUGGUCCACUAGUAGCUACAAUCCUAACCCUCCUGGCCUUUCCAGCAAAAUGGCUCUGUCUCUGCUGCACUGUAAGCAGAGGCUCAGUCCCUCUAUCUACACUCUAUCCCCCAUGUCAGUCAGGACGACUGAGUCAUUUGAACAAGAGGAUGACAAAAGACCACGCUCCACUGAGGUCUACAAUAGCCAGUCAUAUCACAGCCACCACGAGGGAACAAGGAAGGAGCAGCUGUCAGCUGAGAAGGAACAGAGGAGGAAAGACGAGGAGGGAGUCAAGUCAUGCUCCAGAAAUAAACAACCUCCUGAAGUGUGGAUCUCUGAGGAGGGAUCAAAUGAGAAGUAUGGCCUCGUGCGUGGUGGAGGGAAGUGUCCGUGUGGGGACUGUGACGCGUCCCGUCCCUAUGACUGCAGCGACUGUAGCAUUGCUGUCAAAGCUGGAGGUGUCUGUGAAAACCAACUGCUUCACCCAGAUAAACAAAAGGAUCAUGAGUUCUCUGAUCUGGAGGAAGUUGUACAUGGUGUGGACAACGUGAAGGACAGGGACUGUGGAUGUGAAGACAGCUGGUCCAAGGAGGUUGAAACCUGUAAUUCUGAGAAAGGCCAGCCAAUGGAGCCUGAACCCAGCCCAUCACUCACACGUCCCCCCAAAGAGUCUACCCAGAAGCCCUCGGCUAGAACCAGAAGGGCAAUGUUUGCCUGCAGACGCCUCGAUGCUUCAGCAUCCGUGUCCUCCAGAGGCCCCCGCUCUCCACAGAGGGAGCCACCCUCACCUCGCAGCCCGUCACCCAGGCCUCGGCUGUCCCCUGCUCCUCCCUCACUCUCCCCAUCCAGUUGUCAUGUUGCCUCCUCCCAGCUGAGACCAGUCUCCCCAGUUAGAAGCCUGUCUCCUGUAAUAGUCCCACCCCAUGGCUCAAACCCCCAUGGACCUCCAGGCUCCCUGGCAGACCAACCGUCCACAACAAGACUGUCUGUGGAUGAGGGCGCUGUGACCUACCUUGCCCCACAUCUCCCACGGCUUCGGGGAGCCCAUAAUCUCCUGAGUCACCUCCCUCUGCACUCCCAGCAGCCCAGCAGGGCCCCGAGUCUCCUCAUUCCCAUCGGGGGGAUUCACAUGAUUCAGCCCAGGUCCACCCUCCCUCUGUACAGCCUGGUGAGCAGCCCCAGCGUCUCCACAGCCUCCACAGCCUCCACAGCCUCCACAGCCUCCACAGCUCCCCCCUCAGCUGCUCCAGCUGGCCUCACAGGUAAAUGCACAUCCUGGAGACAGAGCGACGCUUUUAAGGGGAGGUUUUCUAUGCUGCAGCGGCAAGGUACUCUGAAAGAGACGUCGCCUGGCAGCCGAGUCAGCCCUGUGGACCCUGAGGCAUCAGCCGGAACACCCGGGAGCAGCCACGCCAAGAGUCGAGAGUGCAUCAGCCUCGGAUAACAGUCGAGUUCUCGGGUGCAUGGACGCACACGUCGUAGAGGCAUGUUUAUGCUGACACCACCCAAGGCCAAAAAGAAAACAAAAAAAGACUCCUUCCUCCCAGACACAACUCUGACAGGAGGGAGAGUCUUAACGGGACAGUGCAAGAAAACCAGAGUCUGACAGUGAACGUCUCACACUGUGGUUUCAAAUCCAAGAAGAAAAAUGAGAGCACUUGAGCACCGCUUUGAAUGACGCUAUGUAAUUAUAUGAAUAACACAUACAUAUAUGUAUAUGUAUGUAUAUAUACAUAUAUAUGUAAGUGUAGAUAUAUAUAUAUGUAUAUAUAUAUAUAUAUAUAUAUAUAUAUAUGUGGACACUCUGUUAUAUAUGCAGUAUGUUUUGUAAAUCUUUUUUUAACCUCUUGUUUGAUGUCAUUGAUGUUAAUUUAUUGAUGUGCUAUUAUGCAAAUUCUGUACUAUAUGCAAAAAAGCAGCCGGAAUGAAAAGAGACAAAAGUUUUAAUCAAUUUCCAUAUUUAGCCCUAUAUGACAGCUCUAAUAUAACUAUUGCUGUGUUCAUGUACUGUAUUACCAAAAUGGAUAUAGAAAGGUACUAAAACUAUUUAUUCAUCCCAACCAGUAUUUUGAAGUGCAAUUUUACGUCAAUGUUGUGGUUUCAACUGUCAUUCUCAAAGGCUGUGAUUCUCCUUCUAAUUAUUAUUAUUAUUAUUAUUAUUAUUAUUAGUAUUUGUCAGGUCAUAUUGUCAACUUUCUUUGUAGUUUGAAGAAGCAGGGUUUACGAUCACCUCCUUUUCUAAAAUCUUUAAGAAAAGAAGUUUCAGAUCCAGACAUUUGGAGUGCACUGACAAAAAAACAAAAAAAGAGGAAACCCGUUUUCAUGUCGAGAGGAAACCCGUUUCAUAUCCAUGGUAGCUAAGGUCGUUUCCCCCCCCCCCCACAAACAGAUACAUGUAUUUUUGUGUUGUUGCCUUUUUAAAUGAUGCAAUCACUGUCAUUUUCAUGUCAUUAAACGUAUCAUUUUUACACAUUUAUAUUAAAACUGUGGCGUGUGUGUGGUUUUUCACUCACCUCCAUACAGUGAGUCUGGAGGUAAGAGAACAUCAUUUAAAUGUACUGGGACUGUGUCUUUUUGUUUUAAAUGGUAAAUGCCCUGUGUUUGUAUGGUGCUCUUUUCAUCUUGACAACCACUCAAAGCCACGAAACAAAACUCUCCUCAGCUUAAGUCUACAAUAUCUUAAGAAUAUAUCUCUGUCAGACAGAUUUAACUUCAAAGCUCAGAGUCGUUGAUCCUCUGCUGAGUCCAUCAGUAACUUCAGAUGUGUUAUUUUGUGACUUAAGGCUCAAGAAGCCUUCGUUCAGUUUGACCUCAGUGACACAAAGUGACCACAGGAGGCAGCGAUGGACCCCGCCAGCUGAAACAGGUGAUUUUCUGGACUUUGGUGUGGGAGACUGAGGGACACAUGAUUUUGGUAACAGUUCAUUAAUGUUUUGACUAACCAUGUGUUAAUGUCCAUUUCUUGAAUGUUCUCCUUAGUUUUGUAACCUUUGACCUCUGAAUUAUAAUGAAUCCUGCUUUGUACAAAGUUUUUUUUUAAAUUUCAGUUUUAUUUCACAUCAUAUUCAUGAUGUCAGUUUGACGACUUCUUUUGUCUAAAUGCUCAGUGGCACACAGUGUUGAGGACUGUGGCACCACCAUGUGGCUCUGGUUAGGUCACAAUUACUAUUCAAAUGUUACCCUUUUUUCCCCUGUGUUCAUGAAUCCACUGUACUUGGGUUUCCUCCCACAGUCCAAAAACAUGCCAUAUGGGUAUUAGAUUAAUUGGACACUCUAGAUUGACCAUAGGUGUGAUUGUAUGUGAGUCUGACGGACCUGUCCAGGGUGUGACCCCGCCUUUUGCCAUAUGUCAGCUGAGAUGGGUACAGCUCCCCCCGCGACCCUCUGUGGAGGGUAAAAGAUAGAGCGGUAGAAGGUGAAUGGAUGGAUGAAUCCACUAUAAGUAAGUCUAUCCUUGUUCCUCUGCCACAAAGGUCAAAUGAGUUACCACUAGGUGGCAGGAGAGAGCAAGAGGCGGAGAGAGCGAGAGAGCAAGAGAGAGAGAGAGAGAGAGAGACAGACAGCUGGAAUUGUCAAACAGGGCUAGUGCAGGGAGACAGUGGAGGUUGAUUUCUGUCGCUGAAAUAUAAAUUCCAUGGAAACAGUGACAACAAAGAAUAGAAGAAAGGAACAAGGGAAAGGCUGCGUAGAGCUAUCAUGUAAUUGUUGCUCAUGGCUUUUCUUAUUUGUUCUUUUAUCGUCAAAAAUGAUGUAAACAUAGAUACAGUAUAUGAUUGAAAGCAUAUUAGUCAGUCCAAUAAGGGCUAAGAUAAAGUUCUGUAGAGGAGGACACUAUGUUUCAUAUGAGAGCAGUCACACACACACUUACAGCAACAGCAUGAACAUGACAGACGAGUCCCAGGACUUGCCGGUGUUUUGGGAAUCUGAUUGCUUGUCAAUAUUUUGGAUGAUCCAUGAAAAACAGUCAAACCUUUUAUGAUUAAAGUAACAUAAAACACA